AUGUCAUGGCCAUAUUUGCUUCAGGCCAAUUUUGGUCCUAUAGUCAGUUUAGAUGGAACAACUGGUGCCUUUAUUUCAACAUAUCCCAAGCAAAAGUUCACUCAACCUAUAGAAAAAAAUAAAGAGCACAAAUUCUAUUCGGCAACAAAUGGGUUUAACAGCAGGAUAAUAUUACCUCAGGAUAAAAGAUAUAUGGGAUUUGAUGCUUCAAUUGUGAACCUUAUGGACACAGGAAAAAUAUAUGCUAAGGAUUCAGGUAAUAAGGAUAUAUCUAUAGCCGGAUCAGGGUUGAACAGUCAAUUAUCAGUUUUACUUGCUCGAACGUCAUCUAAAGUGAAUAUUUUAAAGACCCAGUAUUUUACGAAAAAAGAUGAUGGUAUUAAUAUUAAAUCCCCUGAUAUUGAACUACUUUAUUCAGUGCCACUUAAAAAAUCUUCCAAUUCCAGUGAAUCGAUUGCUCAUGUUUCUCUUUAUUCAGACUUUCUACAUUUAGCUUCUAUUGAAACCAGUGGGUCUCUGUCCCUUUAUACAGUAUCAACUGAUGGGAAAAAUACAAAAUCACAUAUUUUUAAGCAAUCACUGUCGCCAUUAUUAUACGGAAAUUCACACUCAAAUUGGCAAAGGGUUUAUUGGACAGAUAGCAAUACUCUUUUAACUGGUAAUAGAUAUGCUAUAAACACAUAUGAUAUUAGGGAAAGAAGAUAUUCUGCUCCAAAUCUUUUUAUUGAUUUUGAAUACAAAGGAGGAACUUAUCUUAAAGUUUCAGACGCGGUUCCCUCACCUAUUAAUUCAUUGGAGUUUUUCGCUGUUGUUGAUAAAAAAUUAAUGUGGCUCGACCUAAGAUUCCCUAACCGUCCAAUACUUUCUGUUGAUCAUUUCUUUAGCUCCAAUGACCCAACCCUAAAAAUUGACGCAGUAGAAGAUGAAAUAAAUAAGCAAGUUAUUGUGACUCUUACGAGCCAUCUUUCUCCAUUGGCAGGAAUGUAUCAGUUUAAACGCAAUAAUAUGAAUCUCCCCUGUUUAGUCAACGAACCAUCUAGUUAUAAUUUACAUCCCGAGUUUACAACACAAACUUUGAGAACUGUUCCUUAUCGUGGAAUUUUAUCAUCUAAAGAUACUUCGCUUUCCGUCUUUCAGCAUUCUUUAGACUUUGGGUUAGUACAGCAUGUUCUUACAUCUGACCCAACAAUAUCAAUCGACCUUCAUGAAAAAUAUACUCCAGUUUUAAACUUCGACGGCGAAUCAAUAGAGUAUCAUCAAUCAUUAUUGGAAUUAACUAGAGGAAUAAAAAAUAGGGAUGAAACCGUUGUAAUGAAACCCCAUGAUAACCUUAAAGAUAUCCGGCCAUUAGUUAAUCUUAUCCUUGAAUGUGAUUAUAUGUUACCCUUAGAAAGUGGAAUAUUAUCUAAUGAAAUUUUUCUCGAAAGCGUCAUGACUAAAACAAAAGUUUUACAAAAGUUUUGCAAAAGAGGACUAGAUAUAGAAGCCUCUAAUAUUAUCAAUGAUUACUCCCGUCAGUCUAAUGAUUCACUACUUUGGGGUCCUUAUAGAUCCAAUUUAUAUUUUGGAGUAAGACCAAAUGGUAUCCCUAAUUCAUUAAUGACCGGUCUGAUAUGGUACAACAUUGAUGAUUAUCUUGGACUAAAUAAAGUGCGUCAUGUUUGCGAACAAAACGAUGAUAUGAAAGGAUAUGGGUGGGAGCAAUAUGAUCCCCGGACUGGAGGCUUCCAAGUAUUUCAUGACCAAAAAGAACAAAAAAUAGAACUUUCAACUAAGUUCAUAAAAUCGAUGGAUGGAAAUUCUUGGACAGCGCGUAUAAGUGGCGUACCGGCCAAAGGGCAUGAGAAUACAUUAACUACCAUUGCAUUUUACGUGGGAAUUGAAGGAGUACAAAAUGGAAACAAACUUGAACUAAAGGAUAAAUCUCAAUACUAUUCAGCAAAGGGAAUUAAAGGGGAUAUAGCUUUCCAAGGUAAAUCUCCACAAUUAGGAAAUUUUAACCUUGUCAUCACAGAAAAUGGCGGGCCCAAUAGUCCUAAAAAUAAAUAUCCCAAAAAAUCAACGCACCCAGCCGCAAAAAAUGUUCCUCCUAACUCAGCUCGGCAUAUUUCUUUAAAUGUUCCUGAUGACAAUGUUUGGAAGGCUCGCGAUAUUUUGUUUACUUUUAUUCAAGAUUCAACUCAAAAUCUUUACGCAAAAUACCAAGAUGACGAUACAAUUCCUCCUUGGGUGGUAUGUGCAGUCAAUACUGAGUCUCACAAAAUGAAGGGGAAUUUACAUAUAAUACAGCGAGUGUUUCGAGGAACAUUUGAGUUUGACGUCAUUUAUAAUAGCAAUUCGGCUGUUGAAGCAUUUACUUCUGAAAAUUUUGAAUCUCACUUUCAAAAAUCUUUGCAAACAUUUGAAAAAAAAUUUGCAUCAGCUUUUCCAAUUCAGUCGCCGUAUUCGUCCAAAAACCUGAAAGAUCAAAAGAAUUAUGAUAAGUUUGCUAAAGAGUUAUUUUCCAAUCUAAUCGGCGGUAUUGGUUAUUUUCAAGGAACAUCUAUGGUUGAUCGAUCUUACUCUAGUCAGUAUGAAGAAGAGAGCGAAGAUUUCUGGGAAGUAGCUGCUAUUCAAUUGAAAGAGGGCAGUAAAAAUGCCGUUGAAGAAGGGCCAUAUGAAUUACUUACUGCUGUUCCUAGUAGACCGUUUUUUCCCCGUGGAUUUUAUUGGGACGAGGGUUUUCAUUUGAUACCGAUUUUGGAGUACGAUGCAGAUCUUGCUUUAGAAAUAUUAAAGUCAUGGUUUUCUCUCAUUGAUAAAGAUGGUUGGAUUGCUCGUGAACAAAUUCUUGGCCCUGAAGCUAGGUCCAAAGUCCCAAAAGAAUUUCAGACUCAAUACCCCCAUUAUGCAAAUCCGCCAACGCUGAUGCUAUUGCUUUCAAAUAUUUUGGAUAAGUUUCAAGAUGAGCAAGAUGAACUCCCAGAUAAUGAAUUCAAUAACCCACAGUUGCAUAGUCAUAACAGGCGAAAGCUAAAACAACGGUAUACUGACAAAAAAAAUCAAGCCAAAGAAAAUAGUCAAAAGGUUUUUAAUUCCUUCAAUGAUGGAACUCUGACUGAGUCUAAUUCUAUUAUAGAUGACGAAGUUAUUAUUUCAGGCACAGCUCAUUGGAAAUCUGGGCAGCUGUUAAAGUCUUAUUUGGAAAAAAUAUAUCCUGAGCUUCAAUCACACUAUGACUGGUUUAGACGAACUCAACGAGGUGCCAUUAAAGAAUGGGGGCGUGAUGCAUUUUCUUAUAAAGAAGGUUAUCGGUGGAGAGGAAGAACUCCUAGUCAUUGCUUGACAUCAGGUCUCGAUGACUAUCCUCGAGCUUCUAUUCCUCAUACCGGUGAACUUCAUGUUGAUCUGAUUAGUUGGAUUGGUAUGAUGACGCGAUCUAUGAAACAGUUGGCUGUAUUUUUAGGCAAAGACGAAGAUGCUAGCGAUUAUGAAAAAAUUGAAGAAGCCAUCACUCAUAACAUUAACGAUUUGCAUUGGGACUCAAAGGAAAAGGCUUAUUGUGAUUCCACUAUCGAUGAUUUUGAAGAAAGUAUUUUUGUCUGUCAUAAAGGUUACGUCUCACUUUUCCCAUUCUUGCUUAAAUUGAUUUCCCCUACUGACAAAGAAAGUGAAGAAAAAUUAAUGUCAAUUUUAAAUAUGAUUUAUGAUCCCCGCGAAUUAUGGACUGACUUUGGAAUCAGAUCUCUUUCAGUAUCUGAUAAGCUUUAUGGGACUGGCGAAAAUUAUUGGAGGGGACCAAUUUGGAUUAAUAUAAACUAUAUGAUUCUGGAAUCAUUGAUUUAUUACCACGAUACAGUUGAGAGUAAAGCAGUUAAAGAUCUAUCGGGGAUUAUUUAUAAAAAGCUGCGCACAAAUAUUGUCGAAAAUGUUUUUAAUAUUUGGGAUAAAACUGGAUACGCUUGGGAACAGUAUGACCCUAUGACUGGUGAAGGGAAAGGUGUUAAACACUUCUUAGGUUGGACAUCUUUGGUCGUAAUGAUAAUGUCUAUGCCAGAGUCGUUGGAUUCAUAA